GGGCCGGCGAGUCUUUGCAGCCUCAUACGUCAUUAACAGUAGACGGACUUAAACCCAGCAAGAAUGCUUUUCUAUUCGUUUUUCAAGUCGCUGGUGGGGAAGGACGUGGUGGUGGAGCUCAAAAACGACCUGAGCAUAUGUGGAACACUUCACUCUGUUGAUCAGUAUUUGAACAUCAAGUUGACAGACAUCAGUGUGACAGAUCCAGAAAAAUAUCCACACAUGCUGUCGGUGAAAAACUGCUUCAUCCGUGGCUCUGUGGUCCGAUACGUUCAGCUGCCGGCCGACGAGGUGGACACGCAGCUGCUCCAAGACGCCGCGCGGAAAGAAGCCAUGCAGCAGAAGCAGUGAUGGGGUCAUGGAUGAGAUGGGGUCCAGGUUGGGGAUGGCAGGAAGAGGAAUGAGGCGUGACUACUUUAGGUUUUUUUUUUUUAAACAUUUUAUUUAAAGAUGCCAGUUUAAUUUCCUUUCAAAUGAUUCCUUAUGUUUGAGAUCAGUCAUUCACAGAAUGGUGUUUUUGGAAGGAAGACGGGGAGCCUUGAUCUGAGUCUGCAGUUUUUUUGUUUUUUUAUAAAACUGAUAUAAACUCUUUGUUUUGUCCUCUCCUGUUUAAAACUGUAGAAAAACGACCUUUUUUUUAUGCCACCUACGGUUAAGGUUACACAUUUUAAAUUUUUUCUUUUUUAUUA